CAACAUCAAAUAAAGGAUUAUGAUUUCUUCAUUUGGCUCGUCCAUAAAUCCUCCGGAAUCACAAUUAUUAGACACUACCCUUGCAUCUCUCCUCAUAAUACCUUAACUCCUGAAGAUGAAGAGGAGGGACUCAUCGCAUGGAAAAGCGGCGAUCAUGACCGAUAGAGAUGAUGUUGAGUUGUCACUAGGGGCUGAAUUUGAUGUGUUCUUGAAUUUUAGAGGGCCCGACACUCGCCGGAAUUUUACUGAUUGCCUCUAUCACUCCAUGGAUGGAGCUGGGAUUCAUGUUUUCAGAGACGACGAAGAGAUUAGAAAAGGUGAAGUGAUGAAAGGCGAACUAGAGCGUGCGAUUAAGAACUCCACAAUCUUUAUGCCCAUCUUCUCUAAAAAUUAUGCGUCUAGUGCGUGGUGUCUUCGCGAGCUUGCAUUCAAGGUGGACUGCUUGAGAAAUAGAGAUGACAACGCAAUGAUCCUACCGAUUUUCUUCGACGUGGAUCCUGAUGAUGUCAAACUCAAAACCAGGCUAUACCACGAUGCUUUGCAAAAACAUGAGCAGAAGUUCGGCAGCAAUCUAGUGCAGCAAUGGAAGGAGGCUCUGAUGGAGGUCGCUCAUAUCAAAGGAUGGGAUCUCAAGGAUACAGGCCAAGGUCAACUCAUUAGAUCAAUCGUCGCUGAAGUUUUGAUCAAAAUGAAUAAAAGAGAAAAAAUUCUACCCGAUCAUUUAGUCGGAAUUCAAGAUUGUGUUGAAGAUGUCAUGCACCUAUUAGAUGAAGGUUCUCCUGAUGUACGCUAUCUAGUAAUCCAUGGCAUGGGUGGCAUUGGUAAGACGACUCUUGCUAAAGUUGUCUUUAACCAAAUUUCUGGUCGGUUUGAUGGGUGUAGCUUCCUUUUGGGUGUUCAAGAAGCUGCAAAGGAUGGCAAAAUUGUCCAAUUACAAAAGCAAUUAUUGUCAGAAAUUCUCAACUCCACACCAGUGGAGAUUUUUGACUCUGAUAUAGGGAUUAACCAGAUUAAAAGGAGAUUUCGCCACAAAAAGGUACUUAUUGUUCUUGAUGAUCUAUAUGAGUGGGACCAACUCUCUAUGCUUGCAGCAAAGGGUAAUUGGUUUGGUCUGGGGAGCAGAAUCAUUAUUACAACGAGAGACACCAACAAUUUGGCAAUUGAAGAGUAUAAAAUUUAUCAAAUGACAGAAUUGCUUUAUCACGAUGCCCUUCAACUUUUUAGCAAGCAUGCUUUCGGAAUGGAUUCCCCUCCACGUGACUACGAUGAUAUUUCUUGCAAUAUUACUCGCAUGACUGGUGGGCUUCCUUUGGCUCUUAAAGUUAUUGGUUGUUCUCUUUAUCGCAAAACAAAAACAAUUUGGAAAGAUAUGUUGAAGAAAUUAGAGUCGAUUCCUGAGCAACAUAUCUAUGACAAAUUAAAGAUUAGCAUUGAAAUGCUAAACGAAGAACAAAGAGAAAUUUUUCUUGAUAUUGCUUGUUACUAUAUUGGUGAAGAAAGAAUCUAUCCAUACUACAUGUGGAAAGCUUUGGCCUUUUACCCAAAAAUUGAGAUCGAUUUCCUCAUUGGUAUGUCUUUGAUAAAGAUCAAUGAUGAUGAUACACUAUUGAUGCAUGGCUUGCUUAGAGACCUUGGAAGAGAAAUUGUUCGACGAGAAGACGUCAAUGUUCCUGGGAAGCGUAGUAGACUUUGGCAACCCAAGAUUGCAUUGCAAGUAGUGGGGACUAGAACGGGAACAAAGAACAUCAUAGCUCUCAAACUAACUAGACUUUCUGAAGAUCGCAACUUUACAAGUGAAGAGUUUUCGAGGCUGCCUAGCUUAAGGUUUUUGGAAUUAGAAAGGGGAAACUUGGUGGGAGACUUUAAGAAUCUUUUCUUGAAUUUAAAAUGGCUCUCUUGGCAUCGUUGCCCUUCACACUUGCAGGCAGUCAAUCUAUGUUUACAGAACUUAGUCGUACUCAAGCUUUCAAAUAGCGAAAUUCCUGAGAACUGGAAUGGAUGGGGCCCAUGCUUGGUGAACAGUGACUUGCAAGUUAUACAUCUCAUGAGAUGCUAUCUCUUGACAACUCCUGACUUCUCAAUGUGCUUGAAGUUGAGGAUAUUGGUUUUUGCUGAACAUUGUCCGGAGUUGCCACAAAUUGGUAGUUCUAUUGGUAAGCUAGAGCGCCUAAAGCGAUUGGAAAUAAUUGUAGCCAGAAUUCAACAAUCAAAGUUGUCUACAAGCCCCCAUUUUGACUUGGGCGUAGUGCCUUCUGCAAUAUGCCAUCUAAAGAACUUGUCAAGUCUAAAGCUAGAAGGGUUGUGUAUGCGGGAGCUUCAUCCAUCUAUUGGAGAGAUGGCGGGCUUGACAUGCUUGUCUUUAGAGCGUUGUUAUCAGCUUAGAAGGCUUCCGGAUUCCAUUGGGAAAUUGAGGUCGCUCCUCAGAUUGAAUUUGUAUGACACAAGAAUUAGAGAGUUACCUGAUUCUAUUGGAGAUCUCAAAAUGUUGGAAGAAAUGGACUUAGGAGACACUAAAAUAAGAGGGCUGCCAAACUCCAUUGGAGGGCUAGAAUCAUUGCUUGACUUAAGAUUGGGGGGUUCAAAGAUUACUGCACUUCCUGCUUCUAUUGGAUAUCUUAAAAAACUAAAGUUCUUAACUAUGCAACAUAGCAAGAUAAAAGAGUUACCCUAUUCUAUUGGAGAUCUCAAAAUCUUGGAGUGUUUGAGCCUAGGAUGGACUCAAAUAAGGGAGCUACCAAACUCCAUUGGAGGACUAGAGUCAUUACUCCAAUUAGACUUGUGCGGUACAAAGAUUACUGAACUACCUGCUUCAAUUGGAUAUCUUAAAAGAUUGAAGUUCUUAUAUAUGUUAUGUAGCAUGAUAAGAGAGUUACCCAAUUCCAUUGGAUACCUUAAAAUGCUGGAGCACUUGGAUAUGAAAUGGAGUAAGUUAAGAGAGCUACCAAAGACCAUUGGGAUGUUGGAGAAUCUUGAAACGUUAGCAUACCAUGGUAGUAGAAAUAUGGACAUGACAUGGCCUCCUAAGCUUUCAGAUUUACACAUAUCUGGUGAUGAUCCUCAAUCUCUCAUAUUGCCUCCUCAGCUUUCGUCAUUUUCAUUAUGUUGUGAUGAUCCUCAAUCUAUCCCAAGGCUUCCUCUAGGUCUUCAUAGUUUGGUAUUAACGGGUGUCAAGUCACCGAUGGUACAACCACUCCUUUCCGAAUUGAGAUAUUUGUCCAAGUUAACACUCGGUAAAUGCAGUUCAAGAGAGAUCGUUAUCGAACAGCUAGAGUGUCUCCAUCAUUUGGAUGUGUAUUACUGUAAGUCGCUGGUGAUAUUGGAUCUAUCAAGUUUAGAGAGGCUCAAAGAGCUAACAAUUUGGGAGUGUCCUCAAUUAAUCGAGAUUCGAUAUUUGGAAGAAAUGGAGUCGCUGAAGGAAUUACAUAUUAUGACAGGUAACUCGAUAGAACGGUUACCUAAACUAUCGAAACUAUAUAAGUUGAGGAGGCUGCGUGUAGAAGACUGUAGAUUACUGCGGUGUUUGCCUGAUUUACCAAACUCGCUUUUGUCAAUUGGGGAUUGGAGGUCCACGGAAAGUUCACCCGAGCUAUCAAAACAUAGAAGGCUGCGGUCAAUGGAACUGUCUCACUGUGAAUCACUGCAAGGUGCUGUACCAAACGGAUGGCGUCCCGUUAUUCAUGCAUGCCCACUGUUAGGCGAGUCUGGUGACGUUGACCCAUAUUGCAGCUUGUGUCGGAAGUCAAACCCGGGCCUCUGCGCAAGGAGGCGAGCUAUGUGGAGGUGACACGUGCGCCUUGGUGGCAGGCAUGCGUAGGCUUAGAUGGCUUUAAGGUGAAUGUGCAGUGUACAUCGGAUACGCUCGGAGCCGGGUUGGGCGGUAGGGCCGAAUUGACAUGGCACUCGAUGCGUUGGUGGCCACGAACUUCCCGGAUAACGGUUGCAUUGCUCGCAUGAGCCACGGCACCGAUGCGCUGUACUGCAAACAGCUCGAAACAAACCGCGAUAUUUUCCACCCAAAAGACCCUGCCUCGCAUACCAUCCACAUAGCAGCGGUUGCAUAAACCUGCGUCUUCCUGGAAGAGUUCAUGCAACCCGAUCGGGACAUGUUCCACUCUGUCACGACCCUCCAUUUUGAGAGAGUUUUCACUAUCUAAUGCUAUAUUAUGUGAUAUCAUGGUGAAGCGCAUUCUAAUUAGUUAAAUUUUACUGAAAGUACAUUGGACUCGAUUCUCUUCUGGUAAUACUGAUUUGAGGGUUUCCCCUUUUGAGCAGUGAUGCCCUAGGAGGCACAGUGAAUGAAUAUGAUGAAGUUACAUCUUGGGUCGAUUUUUGACUGUCUAAUUGAGAAUGAAAAAUUUGGAAAUGCACUCAAGAUGAAGAGCACAAAUCUUCAAAAAGUAUGGAAUGAGAUUUUCUAAGUAAAGGAGACCAUAUUCAGUG